UGCCAUGGCAACGGCGGCCGCCCGUUCCUGUGACCGGAGCUGGGGCGCAGCCGCCUCGCGUACCGGUCCACCUGGUUAACGGGUGGAGCUCCAUCAACCAGCUAGUUAACGAAGUCCAAGCGAUGACGAAGGAGCGACUUCUCGCGGUGUUUCGUCGGUGGCGGAAGCGCCAUGACCGCCCGCUUCAAGUGUCCCAGUGAAUACCAGAAGAGCUUCAGGGCCCCCCGGUCCAGAAGUGUGUGUCCUCAGCGCAGCGCCCCAUUGGCCGGUCUGCGCUCCGACCAGAUGGGUAUCUGCAGAGAACCGGCUCUCCAGCGGCGUAAAAGGCUCGGUCCUGCUGGUCCUGCUGGUCCUCCGGAUCCACAGAACUGCCUCCCUGAGCCCGGUGCACCUCCUGCUGCCUCUAAGAGUCUCUCAGCUCACAGGAAGAAGACGGCCCUGGAGCGUAACCCUCCGACACCCCCCGGACCACGAGCCGACCCCGGAUCGGGGACGCAGGACAUGGGACCCGCUGCAGACCCUGGAUCAGUCGAGCCAGGAGCUGCUGGAAAAUCUGCAAAGCCCCGCCUCUCCGAGCUCGACAGCCAACCCCAGCCGAGCCAACCUCUGACAGCGGCGCCUGACGGACAGGCCAAGGAGGUUCAGCAUGCUCUGCGCUGGAGGGCGGGACUUAAAGGUCAAAGGUCAGGAAUUCAACGGUCAGAGUACCGCAGACAGUUCGGCUGGAAGAAACCUGCAACUGCAGCUUCUCCCAUACUGGCUGCAGAACAGAUGCUCUACUCCGGCAGCAGGUGUGUGCCGCCCUUUAAGAAACACCCCAUUACCUUGGAAACGGAGUAUAGGCGCAGCUUCCGGGGUCUGGCCCCCCCACCCGAGCCCCGCCUCCGGGAACACCUGGAGCAUCAUCAGAGAGCCCCGCUGUUCCACGUGCACAUGACCAACAAAAAGAGGAGGGAGGAGUCAAUGAGGAAGACCCGCCCCAGAGAGGAUAUCCCCGCUCCAAAUAAUGAUCCCAGGAUCCCAGAGGGAGGCGGAGCCACGGAUGGCGACGCCCUGCAGGUGAGGGAGCUGAGGCUGAAGGCCUCGUCCUACCGCCGUCGGGCCUGGGGGGCCAAUUUUGACAGAGACCAUCUGAGCCAGCUGCUGUCCGAACACAACGUCCUGUGGGAGCCGACGGACACCACAGACCCCCCCACGCCUCACCUGACCUUUGACCUCCUCGCUGACCCGGGCAGCAGCGGCACCUCCCCCGUGGAGGCCCUGAGCCCGGCCAGAAGCUCCAGUAAGAGGCCUUCUGUUACGAGCUCCACCCACCGAAACACACCAACACCUCCAGGUCAGGCCACCAGAGAAGAAGGAGAAGAAGGAGAAGAAGGAGAAGAAGAAGGCGACAGUGAGGAGGGAAGGUUACCGACUCCGAGGCUGAAGAUGAGACCGGUUCAGAGAACUCACCAUGACCUCACCACGCCUGCCACCGGAGGAGCUAUUCUGGUGGGAAAACUGAAGAGCAGUGCCGAAGCUUCUCCAAACAAACAGAGGUGUGGGUCAGAUGUUUCCUUGGCCGACAAGCCAGUCCGACUGAAGGAGGCGUGGUCUGACAAUGGCCCCGCCCAGGCCCACACUGGCCCCGCCCUAAACCACAAGCAAGCCACCAGUCCUGCCUCUAAACCAAUCAGGACGACGCAAACAGCCCCCAUGGCCCCGCCCCCACCACACUGUAUCCGAGGCACGCUGAGAAACGCCGACUUCCAGCACAACGGUGAGCUGGGUCUGAGGUUCAGGGAGCUUCGGUGUCCAGGUGGAGGCUGCUGCUCUGAUGAAGACGACCGGCUGUCGGUGAUGUCGUGGCGCUCCGCGGCCUCCUGCUCCGCGGCCUCCGUCGUGCUGCAGCGCGCUCAGAAGAGACAGGAACACUUCUGGGGGAAGAGAUGACCUUUGACCUCCAGGGCCUUUCAGAACAUCGAUCAGUUGAACAGUUGUUAGAAUAACGUCAUUUAAUAUGUAUUUUUUACACAGUAAUAGAUGUUUUUAUAAAUUGGGUCAUAAUGUUUGUGUAGUAAGUUUCUCUGAUACAUAAAGCAUCAAAUGGUUGACCUCUGA